AAAACAGAAAUAGAUUUUCUGAAGCAACAAUAAUAAAGAGAUUUUUGUUGAUUUUAUUUGUAUUUUAUAUGAAUACAAAAUUUAAAUGGCUAUAUUAUAGUUUGGUGAAACAUCAAGUGCAAAAUCCACUACAAAUAUAUAGGACGAGAUCUUUGAAUAAUGUAUGUCGAUGGACACAAAUACUGGCUCGCCUACAAAACUGGUUCUGUGAGCUAUUAUCGCUGCCAUCGACACAAGAGCACCAAGUGUCCAGGUCGUCUCACCAACGAAAAUGGCAAAACAAAAAUCAUUGUCGAGCACGAUCAUGCCCCUGCCCCCAAUCAGCUAUCGGUCGAUGCAUUCCGCAAGGUACUCACUCAAAGAGCAACCGAUGAAACGACUGACUUGAAUGUGAUUUACUGUGAUGAAGCAACUAAUCGGCAUGCCGAUGCUGCUCUGCUCUACCCGUUCACAUCGGCCGAAAGUGCAAUGCGGAAGGCACGGCGAAAACAACUGCCCAAAGAAUCGGCGACCAAAAUCGCCGACAUCGUUAGCAUCCUUGAUGGGGGAAAAGACUUCCUGCAAGUGAAUAGUGGCUCGCAGAAGGAACGUAUCUACCAGAAAACAAUCAGUCUACCCGACGCAACUUGCAUGAUAUUUAUGCAUAAGAAAACAUUCGAACUGCUUCCCCGGAUUGACGAAAUCCAUAUGGACGGGUCCUUCGAGUUCGUUUGCCCCAAUCAACCGGAUUACUUUCUUAUUACGUUCCAUGCUGUGAAUGGGCAUAUGACGGCUCCGAUAAUUUAUUGUAUGAUUACCGCGAAAACGAAGUCAGCUUAUGCGGCAAUUUUCUCGUACAUUCGACAAGAACUUAAAGUCACCCCGAAUAUCAUAGUCUCGGACUUUGAUAACGUUGUCCAAUCGGAGUUGGCGUUUACUUUCCCCGAAGCGAUUAUCAAAGGUUCCUGGUACCAGUAUACCGAUUCGGUUCUCAACAAAAUGAAGCAUCUAGGCUUGCAACGUGAAACUGCAAAAGGUGUGGGAGCUAGUGCCUUGAGGAUGUUACUCGUCUUACCUCUACUCCCUCCAGAAUACAUGGUCCCCGGAUUAGAAGCACUUCGCAAAUGGAUGAGAGAGAAGAGUAUUUUUUCGAGUGGACUUUCAAAUCUCUGCGACUAUGUAGAGAACACUUGGCUGCGGGCAGUUGGGACGGAGAAGAUGUCCAUCUUCGGAACAAAUCGCAUAGCAUCAAAUCACAUAAAGGUGUUCAACAAAGACCUAACCGAUCGAAUAGGUCAGAAUCCAGUUAUUUGGACGAUUUUAGAUUCUAUUCGUCAGCUCGCGACCAAGUUGUAUGUGAAUCUUAAACGAAAACAUGGUAAGACUUCAAAGUCGAAGAAUUUAACUUCAGCUAUAAGACAGAAACGCAAUGAAAUGGUCGCUGAGAAAAUUGUAGAAAGCGCCACACAACUGUGGAUAAAAACUCCAGUUCACUUGCGAAACCCCCUACAGUUCUUGCAACUCAGCAGUCAUUGCAUUACUGAUUCUAUGUACCUGGAAAACUUGUCGAAUAUCAAAGACCGUAAUUACACAAUGGCAACAUUUCCAAAAACUGGUAACGUCUCAGUUAACUCGGUUUCUCAAUCGCCUAACCUAAAGAGUUGGGCAAUGAUAGAUUCCAGCACUCUGCAGCUUGCAAAUUCAGGUUCGGAAAAAAACAUCGCAAACUCAGCCCCAGAGUCGAAUUCACCUGCAUCCGAAUUCAUUCCGACGUCACACAUUCCACAGGAUUCGUAUAAUUGUGGGGAUAUUGUGAUAAGCGAUGAUGGUGCGGGGAAUAUUUAUCCCAGUUGUUUUGCUCAGUGUUCGAGCAUGAAAAGCUGCACCGGAGAUGGAUCCGGCAGUAAUGAACAAGUCCUGCAACCACAAACAUCCUCAUCUCAACCAGCGAUAGAAUCUUCGUCGACGAAAAAUACAGAUGCUGAAAUCCCAACCACGCACAGUAGUAUUAUGACGGCGAGAGAUCUUGCCAGUCCUCCGCCUUUAGUUUUUUUGCCGCACGUUAAGAAGCUUCAAAACAAGAGAAUCCUGCCUGUGCUUUCAGAACCCCCGCCAUUGGUGCUUAUAGGUUCAAAAAGGCAAAGGAUAAAAUAAAUUAUUUUAUAAACCUGGUAGAAGGUUUUUAACUAAACCUAGAUAAGACUUAGAUUAUUAAUUUAAUCAUUGUAAAAUAUUAAUUUAAAAAUAUAAGCCAUAA